AUGUUCGAAACUCCACAUUCUCGAUGGCGAGCGCUCGAGAUGCGCAACCCGCGUGCAGCUUCUGCAUUUCUGUACGGUGUCAAGACAACUCACAUUUACUGCCGUCCGACAUGCCCCUCUCGGCUCGCACGCAAGGCGAAUGUCGUGUUUUUUGACUCGGUUGACGAGGCGGCGUGCGCUGGGUUUCGAGCCUGCAAACGCUGCAAGCCCUCACAAGCGGACUUUGAACCUCAAGCCAGUCAUAAAAAGGCGGUCCAAAAGGCUUGCGAACUGAUGGAUACUGCUCAAGGAGUACUCACCCUCGAAAGUUUGGCGGCCAGCGUCGGCUUGUCGCCGAGGUAUCUCCACGGGGUAUUCAAGACCGUCAUGGGAUUCACCCCUAAUGCGUACGCCAUGAAAGUCCGAAAAGAGAGGUCCACCCGUAAGAGGUCUCUGAGACAAGAGGGAGACCCGGCAUGUCUCCCGGAAGAGCGGUCACCGCCAAAUAGGGAGGACGACGAGGGAACGGCGCUGCCAUGUAAGACUGCCGAGCACCCAUGCGAGUAUGGUCUAGCUACUAACCCGAGUGCCAUAAAGCAUUGGACCUUUCGUUCAACGAUUUACCAUUCGGCGAGGACACUGAGAUUGGCCCGGCUUCACCGGGGGCGCCUCCAUACCGAGAUGCUGGAAACUGGUACCAAUACACAGGCCCCGUCACGGGCACGGCCAUCCCCGAUUACUUUUCUUUUCCCCUCGUAG